AUGUCACUCUCUUUCUUUCGGUCUCUAACGCUCUGGUUUCACUCUCUCGCUCUCGUAUUUCUCUCUCUCUCUCUCUCUCUCUCUCUCUCUCUCUCUCUCUCCCUCUCCUUCUUAAUUUCUCAUCUCUUUUCGUAUUUGUCUAUUUUCCUUUCAUCCACUCUCACUUUCAUUCCCUCUAUCUUUCUUCCUCUUCUUAGAACAGUGGUAAUUUUUUCUUCGUAUUUAUCUUGCCUUUCGCCUUACUUUCCAUCCUACUCUCUCCUUCUUUCACUAUAUCGUCUUCUUUCUUACUUUUUCUUUCUUUCUCUUUCACUCUCUCUCUCUCUCUCUCUCUCUCUCUCUCUCUCUCUCACACACACAUACACACUCUAUAUCUAUCUAUCUAUCUAUCUAUCUAUCUAUCUAUCUAUCUAUCCCGGAUAUCCUUUUUUCCUCAUUUUAUUUAUUUCUAUCUCAUUAGCAAAUAGUCUCAUUUGGGUAUUCUGGUUCGUUUUCAUUAGCUUUUUCGCUUUCUCACAGAGAGGGAGAGAGAGAGAGAGAGGGGUAUAUACUUUCACUCUCAUUUUCUUCGUACUUAUUGUGCCUUUCACAUUACUUUUCCUCUUACUCUCUCUUUUCACUCUAUCGUUUUCCUUCUUUUCUUUUUUUUCUCUCUCUCUCUCUCUCUCUCUCUCUCUCUCUCUCUUUCUAUCUAUCUAUUUUUUCUCGUUUUUUUCGUACUUAACUUUCCUUUCACUUUCCUUUCCCUACUACACUCUCCGUCUUUCACAAUAUUGUUUUGAACUUACUUUUCUUUUUUACUCUAUCUUUAACUCUUCCCUCUCUCUCUCUCUCUCUCUCUCUCUCUCUCUCUCUCUCUCUAUCUAUCUAUCUAUCUAUCUAUCUAUAUAUCUGGGGUAUGCUUUCUUCCUUAUUUUCUUCGUACUUAACUUUCCAUUCAUUUUAUAUUCCCGCUUACCCUCUACUUCUUUUUCUUCUUUCUUUUCUUUAUUACUCUUUAUCAUCUCCACCUCUCUCUUUCUCUCUCUCUAUCUACCUACUGUCUUCACAUUACUCCGACUCAUUCGUGCUUUCUUCCGUCUCGGAGGAGUUAUUACUUACCCUGCCUUUCUCUUUCUGUCUCCCUCUUUUUCCUUGUUGGUCUCGUUUCCAUUGUUUUUGUUUACCAUCCUUGUUUUUGUGAAAUCUUUCUUCCUUUCUUUCUAUUCGAAUAUUUCUCUUCAUCGUAACGUUGUAUCUUUUCUUUAUUUUUAUUCUCUCUCCGCCAACGUAUCUUAUUCAUUUACCUAUAGUUCAUCUUGA